AUUGUUAUCUUCAAUAAGAGAAGUUUAUUGGCCUAUCGGUGGUAGAAAUUUAGCAAAGGCUACUUAUAGACGAUGUAUCAGGUGUACACGCAUGAAAGGAAAGAUUGAAGCUCCUAUUAUGGGUAAUUUACCCCAGCGUCGAGUAACUCCCGGUAACUAUCCUUUUGAGUCUGUUGGCGUGGACUAUGCAGGUCCUAUUGCUUCUGUCAGUCGUCAAGGUCGAGGCUCUCGUAUUGUCAAAGUUUAUAUAGUUAUAUUUGUAUGUUUUACGACUAAAGCAUUACAUCUGGAAUUAGUGGGUGAUUUGACAAGUAACAGUUUUAUUUCUACUUUUCGUCGAUUCAUUGCUCGUCGGGGUAAACCAUUGCACUUAUAUUCAGAUAAUGGUACUACAUUUGUUGGGGCUUGUAAAGAUUUAGCUAAUUUCUUAAUGCAUAACUCUGACUCUCUUGCCACUGAUCUCAUCAAUGAUGGCAUAAACUUUCAUUUCAUACCUGCGUAUUCACCACAUUUUGGUGGGAUUUGGGAGGCAGCAGUUAAAUCUACGAAAUACCAUUUAUUAAGAGUAUUAGGGAACUCUAAAUUAACUUUUGAAGAAUUGUAUACAGUUUUAACGCAAAUAGAAGCUAUUUUAAACUCACGACCACUCACUCCCUUAUCAACGCACCCUGAAGAUCUGACCCCACUGACCCCUGGACAUUUUUUGAUCGGACGUCCACUCACAGCUAUUCCAACUGAAAGUUAUGUAGACCACAAUUUUACUCAUCUUUCAAGAUUUCGAAGAAUUGAACAGCUUCGUCAACAUUUCUGGACACGAUGGAGCAAGGAGUAUAUCUCAGAACUCCAAAAACGGACAAAAUGGCAAACCCAAGGAAACCCUUUGCAAAUUGACUCACUUGUUUUGCUAAAGGAGGAAAAUCUGCCACCUAUGAAAUGGAAGCUGGGUCGCAUCGUGGCGCUCUUUCCUGGUGCAGAUGAUGUUGUUCGUGUCGCAGAAAUUUGUCCAUUGCCGAGUGGAUUGGUUGAAGCCAAGCCUUCAACGCCUGGGGGCAUGUUGGUGCAUAGCGCCUGAAUACUAUUGAGUAGCAACUACUACAAAUGUCUUCACUGCUACAAACAGAACAAGGGCGUGCUUUAGUUUGUAGUAUUACUAAUUCAUUCCAAUUACACCUCUGUACAAAGAAA